UUCCAUGGCGUUGGUUAUCUAUAUGCAAAGCGCAUGUACUAUGAGUUCGGAUUUCCAAAGGAUACAUUCUUUUCAGUGAAGGAGCAGCAAGAUCCCGAUCCAGAAUUUACUACUCUGAAGUUUCCGAAUCCAGAAGAGGGUCACAAAGUGCUCACAUUAUCCUUCAAAACUGCAGAUGAACAUGGAUCAACAUUCAUAAUCGCAAAUGAUCCAGAUGCUGAUAGAAUCCAAAUCGCUGAGAAGCAGAAAGACGGUCAAUGGCGUGUCUUUUCUGGAAAUGAGAUGGGUGCGCUCAUGACAUGGUGGAUCUGGAUGAAUUGGACGAAGGUACCCAUGUAG